AAUGUCAUGGUGGAGAUGAUCUGUCAGGAGAACCCUGGAGCCACGUGCAACAACAUGCGAGAGAACAAGUCCAGUGCUGCUGUCACGGAGGAAUUUAUCAAGCUAAACAUCUAUUACGAAGACCUCAACUUUGAGAAAUAUGAAGAGGCAGCGGAUUAUGAGCUGACCCAGUUUCUCUCAGAUGUUGGAGGAACGAUUGGCUUGUACAUUGGGCUGUCAGUUCUAGGCAUCUUCGAACUGCUGCACCUUGUGGCCGACAUCUUCAAUUACUUGUGCUGUCGGAAAGGACAGAAAGUGGAACAGAUCAAAUACGGUUAG